GUCAGUUUCCCAGCAGACAGAAAGGAACCGGCGGUGAGCCGGAGAGAUUCCCGCCUGCGCACCAGCUCGCCGGAACCGUUGCCUCCCCUCCGCCGCCCACCGCAAAAUGGCCGGAGCCGAGGGCGCGCAGCGCAACCACCCCUGCAGCAUCUGCAUGGAGCCCAUGGCGCCCGCCGCGGCGCACCGCGGCGGCGCCGCCUGCGCGCACGCAUUCUGCCGCGCGUGCCUGUCCGGCCACGUCCGCGCCAAGCUCGAGUCGGGCGGCGCCGCCGGAGGCGGCGUGGUGCGGUGCCCCGACGCGUCCUGCGCGGCCGCGCUCGACCCGGAGCUCUGCCGCGGGGCGCUCCCCUCCGAGGUCUUCGAGCGGUGGUGCCGCGCGCUCUGCGAGUCCCUGUUCCUCGGCGCGUGCCGCACCUACUGCCCGUUCCCGGACUGCUCCGAGAUGAUGGUGGCGGACGACGAUGGCGGCGAGGAGUGCGUGACCCAGUCCGAGUGCCAGGGGUGCCGGCGGCUGUUCUGCGCGCGCUGCGGUGUGCCGUGGCACGCCGGCGUGUCCUGCGAGGAGUUCGCGCGGCUCGGCGAGGGGGAGCGCGCGCGGGAGGACCUGCUGCUCGUGGAGGCCGCCCGCGAGGGCAACUGGAAACGCUGCCCGCGCUGCAGGUUCUACGUCGAGAAGUCCAGUGGCUGCCUGCACAUUACCUGCAGAUGCGGGUUUGAGUUCUGCUAUGGAUGCUCUAAGCCAUGGGCGCUGAUACAUGACGACUGCCCUGGGGCUUGAAACAGGUCUGGCUUCAUUUCUGCUGUAGCUCCGGGAAGCAAUGGGAGCUGAUACAUGACGUCGGUUUCGAGCAUGAAGUAGGUAUGGAUGUUGCUAUCAGUAGGAUUUCUCUGGACUCUCAUGUAAACCAUGAAUCGUUGACACUCCACAGCCUCCUACAGAAUUUUGGAAGGUUCGUCUCCUGUAUGGGGUUGGUCUUAACAAACCUUCGUUGCAUA